AUGACUGAUACUCCAAAUGCGAAUGCGGGUCAGGGAGAAUUUCCUAUCCCUAUCACCGUCGAGUUCACUGGCGGUUUAGAAUUGCUAUUCGGGAAUGAGCGCAAGCACAAGGUCGUUCUACCUGCUCGUUUAGAGGAUGGCAGCAGGCCCAACAUAUCAUAUCUGCUGAAAUACCUCGUUGACAACCUCAUGAAGGAUCAGAGGAUAGACAUGUUCAUCAUGGAGGACAAUGUACGACCAGGCAUUCUCGUACUUAUCAAUGAUGCGGAUUGGGAACUCGAAGGCGAAGAGGCAUAUGAACUUCAACAAGGGGAUAACAUCGUUUUUGUUUCAACUUUACAUGGCGGUUAG